AAAAGGAAAUUCUGUCCUCAAGAACACGUAAAUCUCUCACGAAAAGCAUAAAUAACGUCGCAAGAGUUCCUUUAUGCUUCCUCUUAAAUGCAAACUUCACGUUUUUUAGCUCUACAACAACACCAUGAUCAACAAAAAACAACUGCUUUGCCUCCCAUUUUUGUUUCUUCUUUCUUCUGGAUCAUUACUCUCGUCAGUUUCUGCAACACCACCCGCAAAAAUUGUCAGCGGCAUUGCGUCGAACAUUGCGUCUGCGUUAUUCAAAUGGCUGUGGUCUCUUAAACCCGCCACCAAAAUCACCAUGGCUGCUUCGAGCCGUUCAAUGGUGAAAUAUGAAGGUGGGUAUACUGUAGAAACUGUGUUUGAUGGAAGCAAGCUUGGGAUCGAACCUCAUUCUGUGGAGGUAACUCCAUCUGGGGAGCUUCUUGUCUUAGAUUCAGAAAACAGUAAUAUUCACAAAAUCUCAACACCAUUAUCAAGAUAUAGCAGACCAAAGCUUGUGGCUGGUUCAUCUGAAGGGUAUUUUGGUCAUGUGGAUGGAAAGCUAAGAGAAUCCAGGAUGAACCACCCAAAAGGACUUACUGUGGAUGAUAGAGGAAAUGUAUAUAUAGCAGACACCAUGAAUAUGGCUAUCAGGAAGAUCAGUGAAACUGGAGUUGUAACCAUAGCCGGAGGAAACUUGGCCCGAGGGUCGGGUCACAUCGAUGGUCCAAGUGACGAUGCAAAAUUUUCUGACGACUUUGAUGUGAUGUACGUUGCUAGUAGCUGCUCGAUUUUAGUUAUUGAUAGAGGUAACCAAGCGAUUCGAGAAAUCCAACUUCAUGAGGAUGAUUGCUCGUCUUAUCAGUACGACAGCGAACACCAUUUAGGGAUAGUGGUUCUUGGUGCUGCAGUGUUCUUCGGCUUCAUGUUAGCCUUGUUACAACGUAGAGUUUCUGCAAUGUUUUCGUCGCAGACUGAUCCAAGACUUGCUAUCGAUGGCAUUCCGCCAUCUACAUAUCGGAGGUCCAUGAAAUCGGUGAGGCCGCCUUUAAUUCCGCCAGAGGACGAACACGAAAAAGAAGAAGAGGGCUUAUUUGGUUCACUAGGAAAAGCCCUUGUCAAAGGAGGAACAUUUUUUGGAGGUUUAUUCUUUAGUUCCAAAAAGAACCCACUCCCCCCUCAUCAUCAAAUGAAUUACCAACAACCCCCUCAAUUUCCCAACUCUUGGCCUAUGCAAGAAACCUUUAUGAUUCCACAUCAAGAUGCACCCCCGUCACUCGAAACCCGAAAAUCGUACCCGUUUGUGACCAAAAACCCGGAAAUAACCGAAAGACCACGCCCGUCUAAACAGACUCGAUAUCUCUAUAGUGGACAACGGCAAAUGCAACAAUUACAUGAAAAUCGUCAAGAAUACCAUCAGAAACACCACUCGUCGGAUCCUCGGACUUAUUACGAGGAGAAGAGCGAGACGACGAACGAAGUGGUGUUCGGGGCAGUUCAGGAACAAGACGGAAAACAUGGAGCUGUGGUGAUAAAGCCUUUUGAUUACAGCAACCCAACGAAUUACAGUAAUCAGAACGUACGAUCCAGGUAUAACUACACGGGCUAUGCAUACGGUACGUAUUCAUGAUGGGAUUGUUGUCUUUUUCGUGUUUCGGUAUUAGUAAGAACAUGUAUGAAUAUGAUAUCAUCAUUCAUAGGUAUGUUAUAGCAUAGAAGUUUAAUGUUGUGCCAAUAGAUAUAA